GGUAAUAGUUGUCUGCUCUGUAUGUUUAUGACAUGGGGAUUAUCUACUAAUUUACCUUUGUACUGUUACUGGCUAUUAUUCAGCUUUUGAAAAAUCAGAUGCUAUUUAUUCAGUUGGCUUGUAGGAAGCCUGUAUUUCAUUUAUUGACCACAAGUGAAGGGGGGCAACAGGUUAGAGCAUAUUAUUCCUUUCUGAAUGAAUUAAAUGUGCACACCACCUUUUUUCUUCACUUUAAAUGUUGAAUACUGUAUGCUGCAUAUAAAUAUUAUUUCCUCAAGAGAAAAAAAAGGUGAUACCUUCAGAUCUUUUCUAGGGGAAUUCUGGUAAUGUUACAAUAAUUUUAUCACUCUCUAUCAUCAGGUCCCUUUUCAUGGAAACAUAUUUAAUUAAUGAUUGCACGGUGUAAUUCUCUGGAAACAGAGGAUUAGAGGAUAGCGAUAAAUGGAACAUCUAAAGAAGCCUGUGAACAGUAGUCUGAGUGGAGCAUAAGAGUAGAAAUUACUUUAACUACAAAGAGAAAAAAACUGAAGUAUUUCAUAAUUCCAUUAUCUAGAAUUAAUAUUCAACAUUUUAUCAGGUUUUUUUCUAUGCAUUUAUAUUUUUUCUACAUUUAUUUAAGAAAUUGUUACUUAGAACCGACUGUCUGCUGGACAUGAAGCACUGUAGGAAUAGCCAUGAGCCUCUACACUCAUGUAACUUAUAGUAUACGCUAGUUUUGUUGGCAUACAGUUUCACAUUUUGCUUUUUUCACUUAAAAUAUUAUGGAAUUUCCUUCAUAUCAUUAAAUAUUCUCCUUCAGUGGCUCAGUAGUAUUUUAACUUAUAUAUUAAUUUAUUUACUUAGUCCUUUUAAUACAUUUCGGUUCUUUCCUGUUUGGUCUGUAAUUAUAAAACAACAAUGUGAGGAAUAUUGUUGUAUGGUAAAAUUCUAAGAUGACUUCGAAUGAUUCUCACUUUGUAUAAUUCCCUCCCAUAUGAACAUGAUAGGACAUCAUUCUCAUCAUGUUAUAUUACAUGCACAAGGGAUUUUUGCAGGUGUAAUCAGUUGACUUUAAAUUAAUCAAAAGGGAGAUGAUCGGGAUGGGCCUAAACUGAUACGGGAGCCUUUUAAAAGCAGGAAGUUUUCUCCUGCUGUGGUUGCCGCGAUGAAGGCAGAGAGAUUCAAAACAUAAGAGAGAUUUGACAGGAGGAAAGUUCUCUAUUGCCGAAAUGCAAAGGGCCAGAGUCAAGGAUCCGAACCAGGAGCUGAGAGCAGUCUCUGCUGACGGCCAGCAAAAAACUCAGGGACCUCAGUUCUCCAGCCACAAGAAGCUGAAUUCUGCAAAUAACCUGAAUGAACUUGCAAGCAGAUUCUUCCCCAGAGCCUCCAGAUAAGAGUCCCAUUUGACAAACAUCUCGAUUUCUGCCUGGCGAGAUCCUAAGCAGAGGAUCCGGUUGAGCUCACCUGGACUUCUGGCCUGCAGAACUGUGAGAUAAUAAAUGGGUAUUGUUUUAAGCUACUAAAUGCAGCGAUAGAUCAUGAAUACAUGUGUAAGCCAGGUUCUUUUUAUAUUUAUAAUUAUUUGUUGGGGAUAAAAUCCUAGGUCUGAACUUGUUCAGUGAAAGUUACCCAUAUUGUUAAGGUUUUUGUAUCAUAUUACCAAUUUGCCCUUCAUAAGCUUUGUACCAAUUUAUAUACCUCCUCACAAACUAUGUUAUGACAUUCUGGCAAAUGCUAGAUACUGCCAUUCUGAUAGGCAAAAACAAAACAAAACAAAAAUAAUGAAAAAGUAUCUCCUGUUUUGAAAGAAGAUUUACAUUUCUCUUGUUACCAGUAGAAUUGACUAUUGUUUUCUUGGUGUUCACUUGGUAGGUCUUUUUUAGUGACUUGCCUUUUCUUAUUCUUUAGUUGGCUUUACCGUUGACAUAGAGAAAAUAGCAUCUAACGUGUAGUCCAGUGUUUCUCUUUUGUAACAUUUUCAAGGAGUAGAAUGAUUAAUGAUCUUAAUUGAGAGAGUGGGUACUUCUGAGAAAUAUCACCUCCUGCCAUUACUCCCUGCAAGAAAUAUCCCAGACAUUAUACUGUGGGAGCAUGGAAAAUGUUAGCGUCAUUGAUUAAACAGUAUUGAUGCCUUGUUCUUUUUUAGGGAAAAAGUCUGGCUUGUCUGGUUUUUCAUUAGGCAUGUGGUUGUUUCGGGAAUAAAGACGUAUUUUAUAUUACCAUGGGAAAUUGUAGGUUUCAUUACUGUUUUGGAAGGAAAUAUAUGCUGUUAACUCUCAGAAAACAACUAAUAUCUUCCUAAAUAAACAUAUCAUUAUUUUCAGUUUGAUCAAGAUAAUCACUAAUCUCUGUGUAUAUUAUAUUGCUUUAUUUGGGAGGGGAUAUGGGAGGAAAUUCAAGUGACUUUUUCUGUUAUCCUCGUUAUUUGAGGUGAUAGGGUUUAUUUCUGAGAAAUGAUGAAAUAAAGCAGAAGGCAAAAAAGAAGGAAGGAAGAAAAGAAGAAGGGAAAGAACAGAAGACAAAAGGAAGAGAGAAGUUGGGAGAGUCCCUUUUUCCCUUAGAGCAUAGUUUUGCAUGGUUUUCUCUUAAAAAAUUUGUUCUUGCUACCUCAAUUUCUGAAGAGGCAGAAGAUAUACCCUCCAGUCCUAGAAGGAUUCUACCACUUUCUUCUCCACCCUGAAGAGACUUGGAAAUUAAUGGGUAACAGUUUGCAUGAAAAUUACUGAAUGCAUUUGCUUCUUAUCUCAGAGGCCUUCUGCGGAGAAUUAAUAGGAGGUUGAAUGCGCGCGUGGAUAAAAUGGAUCAUCUUAAAGGAUUGAAGUUCCAAAAAUAUAUCAGCAGGACUGGACAGGUUUGACAUAAUGAGAUUUCUAUUUUAGCUUGACUUCUGGAGCACUGAAUAAACUAUAAACUGAGCCGCACAGGUCCUGGGAAGGAAGUUUCUCUUUUAAAAUAUUCUAGCUGUGUGUAAUGUUUUUUUUAUUCAGGACCUUUGAAAAUACAUUUACUUACCGAUUUUUAGAAAUUUAAAGAAACAGCCACCAGCAAGACGAACGAUCUCUGCAUAAGCACUGGUGGAGAUGGCAGAAGCUUCGGAGGAUGCCUCAGCCCUGCCCGUGACAGUGAAGAAAAAGAAAAGUUUAUCCAUUGAAGAAAAGAUCGACAUCAUAAAUGCAGUAGAAAGUGGCAAGAAAAAGGCAGAAAUUGCAGCUGAAUAUGGAAUAAAGAAAAAUUCAUUGUCUUCUAUUAUGAAGAAUAAAGACAAAGUUCUAGAAGCCUUUGAAUCUCUGAGAUUUGAUCCAAAGAGAAAAAGACUGAGAACUGCUUUUUACACAGAUCUGGAAGAGGCAUUAAUGAGGUGGUAUCGAAUUGCUCAGUGUCUAAAUGUACCAGUUAAUGGUCCAAUGUUGCGUCUAAAAGCUAAUGAUUUUGCCCAGAAACUGGGACAUAAUGAUUUUAAGUGCAGUAAUGGAUGGCUGGAUCGCUUUAAAUCUAGGUAUGGUUUAGUAUUCAGAGCUCAACCUGUAGAAGCUACGGGUGUACCAGUAGACCCUUCAACUGUCUGGCAUCAAAAUGUACUUCCUUAUUAUUUAAAUGAUUAUCAUCCUAAAAAUGUUUUCAAUAUAAAAGAGACUGGGCUGCUUUAUCGAAUGUUGCCUACAAAUACAUUUGCAUUUAAAGGAGAGACAUGCUCCGUCGGAAAGUUAUGCAAAGACAGAAUAACUCUGGUGGUUGGGACAAACAUGGAUGGCUCAGAGAAACUUCCUUUGCUUAUCAUUGGAAAAAACAGAAAUCCACAUUGUUUCAAAGGUAUAAAAUCAUUGCCUGUGUGUUAUGAAGCUAACAAAAUGGCAUGGAUGACCUCAGACUUAUUUGAACAAUGGAUGCGGAAGCUUGAUGAGAAAUUUCAAGCCCAACAACGAAGAGUGGUGAUUUUUGUUGAUUCUUUUCCUUCACAUCCAGAGGUAAAGAACCUAAAGUCCAUUGAGUUAGCAUUCUUUCCAUCAUGUUUAUCUUCCAAAUUUAUAGCAAUGAAACAAGGUGUUAUUAAAAGCCUUAAAAUAAAAUAUCGACAUUGUCUUAUCAAGAAAUUUUUAAGCUCUGUUGAAGGCAGCAAAGAAUUUACAUUUUCCCUACUAGAUGCAGUUGAUACUUUGCACCUUUGUUGGAGGGCUGUAACCCCAGAGACUAUUGUUAAGAGCUAUGAAGAGGCAGGAUUCAAAUCUCAAAAGGGAGAAAGUGACAAGACCAAUGCAGAGACAGACGCUGGUCUUGAUUUGGUUGCCCAUGCUCAGGCAACAGGCGUGGAAUUUCCUGAAGGUUUAUCUAUAGAAGAGUAUGCUGCCCUGGAUGAUGAUUUGGAGACAUGUGAAGCUGCACCAGAAACUGAUUCGGUAUGGACCGAAGAAAGUCCAUCAGAGGAAACUGGAUUUUAUACUUCUGAUGAAGAGGAUGAUGAUGGUUCUCUAGGAAGUGAACUCCCUUUGCCAUCAAAAAAUGAGGCAUUAACUGCUUUAGAUACUCUUAAAAAUUUUCUUAGAAGUCAAGAUAUAAAUGAUGAGCUUCAUAAUUCUUUAGCAGACCUUGAAAUUUUUAUUAACUCAUCAUCUAAAUAAUUAUUUGUGGUACAAUAUCUGAAGAGUAAUAGUUUUUCCUGAUGUAUUUUACUCUACGAGGUAUAUAAAGGGAAAAUACCACUUAAACAUUAAAAAAAAGAAAAAGAAAACUUUGGUUUAAUUGCAUAUGUCUUUGACCUGAAUAGCAAAGUUCCCUAGGUAGAUUAAAUAAUGAGUAAGUCAAUGAAAAGUAUGAAUUUCAAUUUAGCAAGUUUUGGGGGAGUAUAAAAUGUAUUUCAGAGGCCUUGUACUUGAAAUACCUGAUAUAAAUGUCAAAAAUAAAAAACUCUUCAGCUAUUUGAUUCAUA